AGGAGAGAGCCCAGGGUUGAAUGGGACCCACUAUGCCGCCCAGUAAGAAGGCCAGGAGCCAGAACAACGGAUUAGUAGCCACCCAGGGUCUGAGUCCUUUCUACAGGGAGGCGGAGGCAACAGACCUGUCCUUGUCACUGUCGGCCUCCUUCUCCAAGGCCGAGGACGAGGAGCUCACCAGCCUCUCCUGGCUCCACGAGAGCACCAACCUUCUCAACAGCUUCUCUCACUCGGGGCUCCGCUCCGUCUCGCCCCUGCAAGAUCCUGAUGGUCACCCCCUACCCCCCCUCUCCCCUUCCUCCUCCUCCCCCUCCCCCGAUCCAUGUGACUCCUCUUCCUACGACAUGGCCACGGGAGCCAAUAGGAAGCCCCCGUAUUCCUUCAGCUGCCUAAUCUUCAUGGCAAUAGAGGAUGCGCCAUCCAAGAGGCUGCCGGUGAAAGAUAUCUAUGGUUGGAUCCUGGAGCAUUUCCCCUAUUUUGCUAGCGCCCCUACUGGCUGGAAGAACUCGGUGCGCCAUAAUCUGUCGCUCAAUAAGUGUUUCAAGAAGGUGGACAAGGACAGGAGUCAGAGUAUAGGUAAAGGCUCACUGUGGUCCAUAGAUCCAGAGUACAGACACAACCUGAUCCAGGCCUUGAAGAAGACCCCGUACCACCCCUACUCGCCGGGACUGGUUACCCCCUUCACCUCUUCUCCCACCUCUCCUCAGGCAUAUCACAGUCCUCUACUUUGGCCAAGGAGUCCCUUCUUCAGAAAGAAUGGAGUUCUCUUACAAGUUUCUCAAGGCGUGAUCCAAAAUGGGGCCUGCGUCAGGAGCCAUUGUCUGUUUCCUGUCAUCCGACCCCUACCCAUUAGCCCCGUGGGCAGAAGGACCACUGCGAUAAGGUCAGCUCUGGGAGAAUACCUGACCCCCUGUGACCCCUCCCACCCUCCCAACGACGACCUCCAGGAGGACCACAACUACAGCAAUGCCAAAUCCCCCAGCAUGCCCUGUUCUUCCCAGGGGCCCUCCGUGUCCGACGAAGACGAUGAAAUCAUUGCAGUGGAGGUGGGAGUCCACCGAGGGGUCAAAUCCGAACCUAAAGAAGUCCCACUGGACUCUGCCUCCGUCUCCUUCCUAUCCCAGCAUGCCCGGCGACGGGGACUGCCCUGGACCAAAAACCGCCUACGGGCCCUGGGUGACACACUGCCGCUGAAGAAGCGCCGUUCGGCAGCAUCGGCAGAGAAGCCGCCGUUGGAGAGCGAUGAUGAGGAGAUGAAGGAGGCGGCUGGGUCGUUGCUCCACCUGGCGGGCGUCAGGGCGUGCCUCAACAACAUCACAAAUCGAGCCAAGGCUGCUCAGAAAGAGAAGGAGCAGAAAGAGGCCCUCAGAAACUAAAUAAUGCCAGGCCAUAGAGAGGCCUACACAUCAGGCCUGUAACCUGGCCUACACACCUGGCCAGCACACCUGGACUACACACAUAUCGCCAUGGCCUAGAAAGUAAUAGCUGAGACACGCCACAAAGACCAAUGGCUAAAAGCAGCGGGUUGGUGUGGUGCGUUGCAAGGUGUGUUAGCAAUCACCUGCUGGGUGUUGACAAAUGGUGGAGAUUCAACAUGUAGAAACGUUGUGAAAUGAACAGAAAAGGACAGCAGAUAUUCUGGUCAGAGUAGAUAUGAAGGACACCAGCUGCUUCUAACCAUUGGUGGUGUGUUGUGUCUCUGAUGCCUGAUUCCCACUAUUGACCCAAACUAAAGCCUAUACUGUGCUGGCUCUGAACAUUUAUUUUCAGAGCGUCCUUUCCAGCAUGGUUCCAGCAGCAACUAUGGUGGAUGAGGGUAACCAGGCCAGGAAGCCCCAGUACAUCUCGGCUUGGCUCAGCUCAACUUUGGCUUCCAUAGUGUGAAAAGGGUAUAUGUUCAGGCCUGAACACAGAGUCCUUCAGUAGGACGACACACCAGGUCUACACACUGACCUAUCAACCACCAACGGGCCAAGACAUAGAACUCUAUUCAAGCAUUAGUCUCAAUAGACAUUACUUCAUCUAUCUCUCUCACUCUAUCUCUCUCUAGCUCUCUUUCUCUCCUCCAGGGGCAUUAGGAGCAUCCUACUUAUUUGUGGCAAUAUCAGAAAUCCAUGUUUUCCUAUACGUUUCCUAUACGUUUCCUAUACGUUUCCUAUAUGUUUCCUAUACGUUUCCUAUAUGUUUCCUAUACGUUUCCUAUACGUUUCCUAUAUGUUUCCUAUACAUUUCCUAUACGUUUCCUAUACGUUUCCUAUAUGUUUCAAUGCUAACUCUGAUGGGUAAUUGAUUCUCAUGUGUCUCUGUUGAUGUUUUUAUGUUGUGUAAAGGGAUGCAAGCCAUAGAAAAAUAUGUUUUGUCACUAAUUAGGGAAAAACAUAGUAGAAAAUGUCAUGUUUGAGGAGACUAGCUGACCGUUUUGUGUAAUCUGUAAGUGUCAGAGGUUACGUCUGUGAAUCUGUAGCAAAUGUCCAGUAAUGUAAGCAAGGAAGUUGAGCCAAUAAUACUUACAGUUUUAAAACAGUUAAAACCUGCUGCUCACACAUCCUACGCCCAUGAGCACAACAUGCAAGACUGUGCCAAAGACAAGCGACCAGGUUGCCUGAUGUAGCCAAUCUGCUUACAAAGACAAAUGUAAAGGCAUAGCAACAUCAUACAUGGUCAUGUAUGGCUCAGUUGGUGGAGCACGGCUGUUGCACCACCUAGGGUUGUGGAUUCAAUACCCGUGGCUACCCGCAUAAAUUGUGUUCAUGCACGACUGUAAGUUGCUUUGGAUGAAAGCAUCUGCUCAAUGGCAAUGAAUAUAUUAUUACAUCAGAAGAUCUUCAGAGAAGAGACAGGAGAAUACCGUAAAUGUCUAAACAAUUGUAAAAAUCCGUUCUUAGAGAAUCACGCAUGCACUUAAUUGACAUUCAUUACAGCAAUUUCUAUUACCAAUAGUAAAGACAUCAUGGAGAACGGGGCACGAUUCCAUUAAGAGCACUUUUUAAUAUUUAAGGAAAAUUAGAACUUUACUGUUACAAUGUUUUUGUUGUCAUGGUGACGACUUAAGUGCCGGGUCAGAGGCAAUAUAUCUCCUCCAUCUUGUGCUUGUUGCUCAUCUGCGUCUGAAAUGGCACCCUAUUCCCUUUAUAGUGCACUACCUUGUCCAGAGCGUCAUGGGCCCUGGCCAAAAGUAGUGCACUAUAUAGGGAAUAGGGUGCCAUUUCAGACACAGUUUCACUUAGACUAUGUCCCUCAAGCUCUUCCAGAAUUUCUCUUCUAUUAAAAAGUGAAUGUCAGUUUAAAUAUACCCCAUGUUACGACACCUGCCUAUCAUUUAACAGACUCACAAAACUAUUUACAUAAAUUGUGGAUUCGUUGUCGUUUUAUCUCUGUUUGAAAUGUUUCCCAUUCUUCCUCUACCUACUCUCAUAAAAGUAUAAGCAAUUUGUCCAGUCUGGACAACUGUAAAAAGGUUAGAAAAUAUUUUAUUUUUCCUUUCUUAAUUGAAGCAAUUUGACCUGCAGGACUUUCUCAGUUAUAUUGCAUGGCUGCUUGUAAAUAAGAUACAAAAGUAAAUCAUUUUUUAUUCAAAGAUCAUGUGAUAUAAACAAUGUAUUUAGCAUGAAGCAUGACUUAUUUUCAUAUAAACUUAGAUCCUACAAGAGAAAACUAAGUUUUUGCAGACAAUUCUUAUACCCUCGAUUUUUGUUUAAUUUAAUUAGAUUUUUUUUUGUGUAAAUUGAUAAUUGUAUUUCUUCAGAUGAGCAGAUUUAUAAAGACAAAUCUUCUUCAAGGAGAAAUGUUAUGGGGAAAUCACUCUGCAAUUAUGAGGCCCUUCUACUCUGGCCUUUAGGUAUAACAGACCUGGGUUUAAAUACUAUUUGAAAGCUUUCAAAUACUUUGAAUGACCUUGAGUGCCAGAUGGGCGGGGUUUGUACUUUGGGACUUUUCUAUUUGUUCCAUUGAGGCAAGCCCUAUCAAGCACAGCCCAAGUAUUUUAAAUUAUGUCAAAUACUGUAGCGUUUAAACCCAUGUCUGUUAGGUAUAAGAUUGAAAAGCCUCUAGUCUUCUGCCUCUUAAAAGAUAAAUAUGUCAAUGGUCUAGUGUUUUUCAGAAGUUAUCAAUAGUGUGUGUGUGUGUGUGUGAGUGUUUGUGUGUGUGUGAGUGUUUGUGUGUGUCCAACAACCAUACACCCUUUAACAUUGUGCCUGUUCUCAAGGCGUUGUGUUCCAAUGUCUUUGAUUGACAUGAUUUCAUAUUGAACAGCACAUAUUUCUUUAUUUAUCACAGUAUUUUCUCAUUUUGUGAAUAUGUUACUAUUGGGUCCGAGUUUUCUCCUGGCAGAAACCUCAGUGUAAACUGAUGGGGUAUAAGGAACUGUUUAACAUGGAAUUUAGAAUUCGUCAGAAUGUUCAGAACAAGUUCCACUGUUCUAAUUGGCUCCCUAGUCUACACCAGAUUAGCAUAGGCAAACCUUUUGUUCAAAGUUAUGUCAGAUACAAUAUAUUAAUGUAUGACUCAAUAGAGCCUGUUUUUAUGGAUUAUUUACUUUGGAAAAAUGACAGUACAAAGGGAAAGUAUUAUAUAAUGAGCGAUGUUUAAACCCUGCCAAUUGUUUAAGUUUUGAGUGAUUCAGUACAUUUAGCCCUGCCGUAGAUGAUUCGUGUAAGCUAUAAUGAGAAUACAUUAAAGCCUUAGUCAGUUCAUGCUCUGGUAUGUUCAUAUAUACAUGCAUACAUUUACAUUUUUACCUUUAUUUAACUAGGCAAUUCAGUUAAGAACAAAUUCUUAUUUACAAUGACGGGCCUGCCUAGAACAACAUAUUUUUUACCUUGUCAGCUUGGGGAUUUGAUCCAGCAACGUUUCAAUUACUGACUCAAAGCUCUAACCACUAGGCUACCUGCUGCCCAAAACUGUACAUACAUACAUACAUAAAUACAUACAUACAUACAUUGGAGUUGUACCAGAAACAGAACAUGUUUCUGGUACAACCAGCAGAGGUAAUAGGGUUUGGACUGAGGUUAUGUGCAGAGUAGAGUCAGAGUAGAGUCAGAGAGGUCCAGAGAGAGUCAGAGUAGAGUCAGAGUAGAGUCAGAGAGGUCCAGAGAGAGUCAGAGUAGAGUAGAGUCAGAGUAGAGUCAGAGUAGAGUCAGACAGGUCCAGAGAGAGUCAGAGUAGAGUCAGAGCAGUCCAGAGAGCGUCAGAGUAGAGUCAGAGUAGAGUCAGAGUAGAGUCAGAUAGGUCCAGAGAGAGUCAGAGUAGAGUCAGACAGGUCCAGAGAGAGUCAGAGCGGUCCAGAGAGUGUCAGAGUAGAGUCAGAGUAGAGUCAGAGUAGAGUCAGAUAGAGCCAGAGUAGAGUCAGACAGGUCCAGAGAGAGUCAGAGUAGAGUCAGAGUAGAGUCAGACAGGUCCAGAGAGAGUCAAAGUAGAGUCAGAGAGGUCCAGAGAGUGUCAGAGUAGUCAGAUAGAGCCAGAGUAGAGUCAGAGUAGAGUCAGACAGGUCCAGAGAGAGUAAGAGUAGAGUCAGAGUAGAGUCAGACAGGUCCAGAGAGUGUCAGAGUAGAGUCAGAGUAGAGUCAGAGUAGAGUCAGAGUAAAGUCAGAUAGAGCCAGAGUAGAGUCAGACAGGUCCAGAGAGUGUCAGAGUAGUGUCAGAGUAGAGUCAGAGCCAGAGUAGAGUCAGACAGGUCCAGAGAGAGUCAGAUAGAGCCAGAGUAUAGUCAGAGUAGAGUCAGAGUAGAGUCAGAGUAGAGUCAGAGAGGUCCAGAGAGUGUCAGAGUAGAGUCAGAGAGGUCCAGAGAGUGUCAGAGUAGAGGCAGAGUAGAGUCAGAGUAGAGUCAGAUAGAGCCAGAGUAGAGUCAGACAGGUCCAGAGAGAGUCAGAAAGAGCUAGAGUAUAGUCAGAGUAGAGUCAGAGUAGAGUCAGAGAGGUCCAGAGAGUGUCAGAGUAGAGUCAGAGUAGAGUCAGACAGGUCCAGAGAGUGUCAGAGUAGAGUCAGAGAGGUCCAGAGAGUGUCAGAGUAGAGGCAGAGUAGAGUCAGACAGGUCCAGAGAGAGUCAGAGUAGAGUCAGAGUAGAGACAGAUAGAGCCAGAGUAGAGACAGAUAGAGCCAGAGUAGAGUCACAGUAGAGUCAGAGUAGAGUCAGAUAGAGUCAGAUAGAGCCAGAGUAGAGCCAGAGUAGAGUCAGAGUAGAGUCAGAUAGAGUAAGAGUAGAGUCAGAUAGAGUCAGAGUAGAGUCAGAUAGAGUCAGAUAGAGUCAGAUAGAGCCAGAGUAGAGCCAGAGUAGAGUCAGAGUAGAGUCAGAUAGAGUCAGAUAGAGUCAGAUAGAGCUAGAGUAGAGUCAGAGUAGAGUCAGAGUAGAGUCAGAUAGAGCCAGAGUUGGCUACAGUAGUGGUUUAGGGCAGGGUUUCCCAAACUCGGUCCUGGGGUACCCCUGUGUGCAUGUUUUGUUUUUGCCGUAGCGCUACCCAGCUGAUUCAAAUAAAUACAGCUUGAUGAUGAGUUGGUUAUUUGAAUCAGCUGUGUAGUGCUAGGGGAAAAAAGUCAAAUGUGCACCCAGGGCCACAGGACUGAGUUUGGGAAAUCCUGGUUUAAAGCAAAGGCAGAGAGUGACUACAGUAGUGGUUUAAAGGAAAGGCAGAGAGUGACUACAGUAGUGGUUUAAAGGAAAGGCAGAGAGUGACUACAGUAGUGGUUUAAAGGAAAAGCAGAGAGUGACUACAGUAGUGGUUUAAAGGAAAAGCAGAGAGUGACUACAGUACUGGUUUAGAGAAAUGACAGAGCGUGACUGUGACAGCUAGACAGGGAGACAGACAAGCAAAUGUUCUGAGUUCCAUUGAGUUCCGUUGUCAUAGUAUUCUAUCAGCUGUGAUGGAGAACAAUGAAAUUCUAUACAAUUCAAUGUGCUUCUAUCAAUGUUUGCAUGAAGAAGAAAAAGCUACCUGGUUGUGUCUGAAAUGGCUCUAUAUUCCAAAUAUAUAGUGCACUUUUUUUGAUGAGAGCCCUGGUCCAAAGUAGUGCACUAUAUAGGGAAUCGGGUGCCAUUUCAGAUGCACACUUACUGUCCCUGUAUACAUCACUGCCGACUCCACUUCCUGUCCUGACUGUGUUGGAGUUUUCUUGCGUUACAAGUCAAGCCCUCUGUGUUAUCGUGACGAAUGUGUUGAAGAGUCUGCCCUGGCAUGUCAAGGACAAUGUGUUGUAGAGUCUUCCCUGGCAUGUCAAGGACAAUGUGUUGUAGAGUCUGCCCUGGCAUGUCAAGGACAAUGUGUUGAAGAGUCUGCCCUGGCAUGUCAAGGACAAUGUGUUGUAGAGUCUGCCCUGGCAUGUCAAGGACAAUGUGUUGUAGAGUCUGCCCUGGCAUGUCAAGGACAAUGUGUUGAAGAGUCUGCCCUGGCAUGUGAAGGACAAUGUGUUGUAGAGUCUGCCCUGGCAUGUCAAGGACAAUGUGUUGAAGAGUCUGCCCUGGCAUGUCAAGGACAAUGUGUUGAAGAGUCUGCCCUGGCAUGUCAAGGACAAUGUGUUGAAGAGUCUGCCCUGGCAUGUCAAGGACAAUGUGUUGUAGAGUCUGCCCUGGCAUGUCAAGGACAAUGUGUUGAAGAGUCUGCCCUGGCAUGUCAAGGACAAUGUGUUGGAGAGUCUGCCCUGGCAUGUGAAGGACAAUGUGUUGUAGAGUCUGCCCUGGCAUGUCAAGAACAAUGUGUUGAAGAGUCUGCCCUGGCAUGUCAAGGACAAUGUGUUGUAGAGUCUGCCCUGGCAUGUCAAGGACAAUGUGUUGAAGAGUCUGCCCUGGCAUGUCAAGGACAAUGUGUUGAAGAGUCUGCCCUGGCAUGUCAAGGACAAUGUGUUGAAGAGUCUGCCCUGGCAUGUCAAGGACAAUGUGUUGUAAUGUCUGCCCUGGCAUGUCAAGGACAAUGUGUUGUAGAGUCUGCCCUGGCAUGUCAAGGACAAUGUGUUGUAGAGUCUGCCCUGGCAUGUCAAGGACAAUGUGUUGCUUUAGUCACCACCUUCUCAUCCAGUGACUCACAUAAUGUCUGUGUCCCAAAUUGCACCCUAUUCCCUAUAUACACUGAGUAUACCAAACAUUAGGAACACCUUCCUGAUAUUGUCUUGCACCCUCCCCCCUCAGAACAGCCUCAAUUCAUCAGGGCAUUGGACUCUACAAGAUGUUGAAAGUGUUCUACAGGGAUGCUGGCACACGUUGACUCCAAUGCUUCCCACAGUUGUGUCAAGUUGGCUUGAUGUCCUUUGGGUGGUGGACCAUUCUUGAUACACAGAGGAAACUGUUGAGAGUGAAAAACUCAGCAGCUUUACAGUUCUUGACAAGAAAUGGUGCGACUGGCACCUAGUACCAUACCCCAUUCAAAGGCAAUUAAAUAUUUUGUCUUGCCCAUUCACCCUCUGAAUAAAUACACAUACACAUUCCAUGUCUCAAUUGUAUCAAGGCUCAACAAUCCUUCUUUAACCUGCCUCCUCCCCUUCAUCUACACUGAUUUGAAGUGGAUUUAACAAGUGACACCAAUAAGGGAUCAUAGCUUUCACCUGGAUUCACCUGGUCAGUCUGUAUCAUGGAGAGAGCAGGUGUUCUUAAUGUUAUGUACACACUACAGUGUAGUGGACUACUUUUGACCAGGGCCCAUAGGGCUCGGGUGCAGUUUGGGACGCAUGCAGUGACAUGCAGGGACGGUGAACUCAUGGCCCUAGAAUGUUCUGCUUUACAGAUACAACCAUACCUGGAACUAGGACUGACUUAUUACAUGCCAUGGAAAAUAUUAGAAGAAAAAGGCUUCACUGCCUGAAAAGCCCUCGAAUUAGAUACAAAUGUUUUAACUAAAAACCUGCCAAACUUAAUCAUGCUCAAUUUAAGGUGUGCCUCCCAAAUGACAACCUAUUCCCGUAUCUAGCACACUACGUUUGUCAGAAAUGCUGUUGGGGUGCCAUUUUGGACUCACACAAGGCCUGCCAUGUUGGUUUUCUCUGACAAUACGUUACAAUACUGCCAUGUUGGUAACUAUUUGAGAAGUGUCAGAUUGCCAUCAGAUAGAGAUGUCAAAUGUAAAACUGUGUAUCUAUGAGAUGCCAAUGUAAUACAGCGUAGCUACACCUGGCUGUUUCAAAUUCAUGUUUGAUCCUUUCCUUGUUGUGCAAUAAUAUUGCCAAAGACUGAUUUCAAACUAUUUCAUUCAUCCAUCCAUUCAAUCAUGUAAAUAUCAUACUGUCCAAUAACUGUGGCAAAAAAAAAUGUAACAAUGUUUUUUUUUUCUUUUUCCAUUUGUUCUAAAAACCUACAAUAAUGUUUGUGAUGUAAUGUCUUCCAGUCGCAAUAAAUGAAAAAUACAAGUUUCAAAAGA